AAUAGUCAGUUAUGUUUGUGAAUAUCAAAUUCAUACAAUGUUAAGAACUGUGUGCCGUAGUUUCCAUUUCUUAAGAUGCAAUCUUAAAUAGCUUGAGAUAAUAUGAUCUGUGUUUGAUAAGUAGUACUCUUACUGGUUUAAUUAUUGUUUGCAAAAUUAGUCUUUUUUUCCUCCUUUAUCCUAAGUUCAUUCAACAGAUAACACAAGAAUGGAGUUGAUAAUCCCAGGGGAACAGCACUUCUAUAUGAAAGCAGUCAAUGCGGCUGAGAGGCAGAGAUGGCUAGUAGCGCUGGGUAGUUCUAAAGCCUGUUUGACAGACACCAGAACAAAAAAAGAAAAAGAAAUAAGUGAAACCAAUGAAUCUCUUAAAACCAAAAUGUCCGAACUUCGACUCUACUGUGAUCUUUUAAUGCAGCAAGUUCAUACAAUACAAGAAUUUGUUCACCGUGAUGAGACUCGCUCAUCUCCCAGCAUUGAGAACAUGAACGAAGCCUCCUCGUUGCUCAGUGCCACAUGUAACACGUUUAUUACAACACUUGAAGAAUGUGUGAAGAUAGCGAAUGCCAAGUUUAAACCAGAGAUGUUUCAGCUGCCUCAUCCUGAUCCCUUAUUUUCUCCUGUGUCACCUUCACCUGUUCAAAUGAUGAAACGCUCCAUUAGCCAUCCUGGUACGUACAGUUCAGAGAGUACUCAUGCCACAAAAGAACCGAUUUCUUUACUCCAUCGAUUAUCCCAGCAACGCAGAAGAACAUACUCCGAUACAGAAUCCUAUAAUGUUAUUCCUCUUGAAGACACAGAGAGUAAGUUGGAAGAGAGGCAGUUUUACUGUGCGUGUUGUAUAACAUUUAUUGCCAUACUUUGCACACUUGUACUGCUGACACCAAUGCAAGAAUACAUAAAGUUAUAAUCUUUGUAUGUAAUCAGAGCCAAUGAAUUAAACAAUAAAGUUGCUUUUAGGAUUUCUAUGUAAUGAGUUAAAACUGCAGCUUUAGUUCACUAUGGGGCUGACUUACCCGCCCAUUGUUCACCUUGACUGAUCUUAGAUCUUGUGUAGUCCCACUGAAAUCCAUGAUAGUAUUUGUACAUGUAAUAUUUGUAUUUGUACAUGAUAGUAAGAUACUCCCCGAGGGGAGUAAAUCUGGUAGAACAAGAUCUACAUAGGGAUUACAUCAGGGGUAGGCAAAUUCUGGCCCUUCAGGCCAAAUCUAGGCCAUGGGCUAGUCCCUGGCGGGCUCCUAUCACUAUAUUUAGCUUCCACAGGUACUGGACCAUUGCAAAUCUUAUCGGCUGCGGAUUGUCAUUUGCAGUCAAUGAGAGUUGCAGGACAUGG